CAGUGAUGUUGACAGCAAGUCUGUCAGUUGCAUAGACAAAGAACUAAAACGACAACAAGACUUGAGUAAACAGCUAGAGAGCCAACUGUCUACUAUGAAAGAACAAUACCAACAGAGUGUAGGGAUGGUCAGACAAGGACACGAACUAGUGAAAGAACACGCAGAGCAGAGAGACGAGGCGGAGAAAAAGUUGGAAGAAAUGAAAGUAGAGCUCAGCAGAAUGCAGGGACAAUGUGAAAGUCUACGAUGCGAGAUGGACAAGAUGCGACACACAAGAGAGAACGAAAAGGCAAAAGAUGACGAAAAGAUUGAUGCUCUGAAAUCAAUGGAACACCAGCUACAUACCAAACUAGAACAUAUUGAAGUGGAGCUAAAAGAAACCAUAAAGAGAGCUGAGAAGUCAAAGACGACAAAUGCAAAGUGUGAGAAAGAUCAAUCUCUUGAUAUCAAACCAGCCACUCAGCAGGAACUAAAAGGAGAAAAUGGUGAUUUAAGUGAUGAUAAUGGGAGUGAUAGGAAAGGGAGUGAUGAUGAGAUGGUUGCUUAUUCAUCAGCUGAUGAUGGUGUGUCUUCAGCUCCAGCUCCUCUUGUUGACCGUGAAAUCCUCAUCCCUUCACAAGAGCCGGUGUUAGAACCAAAGAAAGAUGCACCAGACAACAGCCCUCCAGCAAAGAAACAUUGCGUCGGAACUCUGUCGUCUCCCCAUCUCACCAACAUAGACAACAACAACCAUGUGGUUAGCACAACAGACCCAUAAGACCCCAU